AUGUCUUCACUUGAGGUCGCUCAGCUCCAGGAGACUGUUAGAAAGCUGCAGCAACAAGUUACCCGACUGAGUGGACAGGUCGUCUCCCUCUUCUCCGACGCACCAGAUACAUACGUCCAGUUCCUGGGCGGGCGAUACCACAAAAAGUCGGGCGUGCAUCGGUUGUACGUAGAACGAUUCGGUAAACUCUUCACCGGGGGACGGAACGGGCCAGUCCACGGCUUCCUGCUCGACCACCCGCAGCUGCAAGGCGUGGUAGACGUCGACUACGACGCCUCGCCACCCGUGGCGCGCGGUCGUUUUCGCAGCCUGAUGCAGGCGGGUGUGCACGUUUCACAGGCGGCGGCGCACCCACGAGGCGUCACGCAGUGGUGGGAGGGCGGUCUCUACGAGAACGAGUACAUCAAAGACCUCGAGGAGGGGGGUGGCUGGCGCAUCUGGAGGCUGCGGUACUUUCCAUUUUGGCACGCCGACUUUGAGCAUGGCUGGGCCUACAAGGUCGCCGGUUUCGUACCGUUCCAGACCGUGACAUACCCCGAGGACGAAGCUGGUCCCGAUGAGGUUCUGGAAGAGGACCAGAGGAUGAUGUGGCCAGAUACCAGAGUCGUGCCGUUCCAUUAUGACCACCCCGUGACUGGGGAGAGUGUCAAAGAGGAGAAUAUGCGGGCACCUGUGUAUGGGUCUGGGCCCGCGGAGGCAAAGCCCGGACUGAAGCUUGACUAG